CAUCCCAUCAGCCUCAUCAUGGCCGCCGCAACGACUCUCCCCGCCUUACUGGCAUCUCUCACACAGUCCCUCUCCCUCGCUCAAGAAGGAACAUCCAAGCUCUCGACAGUCGAGCACCCCAAGGACGGCAUUUCGCUCCUCGACGUCAAGAACGAGCUGCUGCUCUCGUACCUCCAGAACCUCGUCUUCCUCAUCCUCGUCAAGCUGCGCAACGCCAAGUCACGAGGGAAAGAGGCAUCGGAAAAGGAAACAGACCUGGACGAUGCCGUGCGCGCUCAGCUCGUGCAACUGCGCUUGUACCUCGAAAAGGGCGCCCGGCCGCUGGAGGAGAAGCUGCGGUUCUCCAUUGACCGAUUCCUCCGGGUGGCGGAAGAUGCGCAGCGGCGCGAGAAGAUGAAGGAGGCCAAGGCCAGCGGCAAGACCGGCUCCAGCACGGACGAGUCGGGAUCAGGCUCCGAUGACGAAGACGACGAGGAAGACGAUUCCGAGGCCGAAGACGGCUCCUCCAGGCCCCGGCCCCGACCAGGCAACCUCUCCGCGGCCCCCAACAUGGGCUCCCUCAUGGACGACGUCGCCCUCCGCCCCGCCAAGCGCGACCAAGACGACGACGCGCCCGCCGGAGUAUACAGGCCGCCCCGCCGCGAGCGCCAAGUCAUGGAGACGACGCAGACGCGCGAAAAGGCCGCCCGCCGGCCCAUGCGAUCACACACGAUGGAGGAAUUCGUCGCCUCGGAGCUGUCCGCGGCGCCCAUCGCCGAGCCCAGCAUCGGCACGACCAUUGUCCAGGGCGGCCGCCGGAUGAAGACGACGCAGGAGCGCAAGGAGGAGCAGGAGCGCAGAGAGUACGAGGAGACCAACUUCACGCGCCUGCCCAAGGAGAGCAAGAAGGAGCGCGCCAAGAAGGCCAAGCAGGCGGGCCGCAGCGGGCGGAUGCAGUUUGGCGGCGAGGAGUGGCACAACCUCGGCGAGGGCGUGGACCGCAUCGACCGGUUGACGAAGCGCAAGGAGGGCGGGGCGGGAUCGGGCGUCAGGGCGAUGCUGGAGAAGAGCCGGAAGAGAGGGGCCGAGACGGAGGACGGGCCGAGGGGGAGCGGGCAUCAGAUGGGAGAGAGGUUUCACAAGAAGGCGAGGCUGUUGGAGAUUGGACGGGGAGGCAAGGGCAGGGGGAAGAAGUGAGGGUGUU